AUGCAGGGGUCGGUCGCCCCAGCUCCUGCCCGGGCAUUCGUGGCCCUGCCAUCGCAGGGUCUGGCGGCCAAGGGCGCCGCGAGCCCCAACGUGGGCUCGCUCCGAGGCGCGCCCGCGAGCCCUCCGCGCGGCGACGCCGCCGAGGGCGCGGCCCUGUCGGCGGUGUGUGCUGGCGUGGGCGGGGCGCUGGUCGGCGUCGUUGGCGCCCGCCGCCCCACCCGCAAGGAGAGGAGGUCGGCCCGGCGGGUCGCCACCGUGGACGUCAAGGUGGCGGAGGACGCAGGCAGCGACGAGCUGGCGGGGCUCGGAGGCGGCGGCUUCGGGGGCUACACUGGCUCCAACACCAUCGCACGGCGCGUGGAGCUCACCGAGGAGCAGAGGGGCGGGCGCGACUGCGUCAAGAUCGUGUACGUCGUGUUGGAGUCGCAAUACCAGGCGUCCAUGACCGCCGCGGUGCGCCAGAUCAACAAGACCAACAAGGGGGUGUGCGCGGAAUGCGUUGGCUAUCUUCUGGAAGAGCUUCGCGACCCGGAUGUGCAGGAGGAGCUGAAGAGCGACCUUGACAGCGCCAACGUCUUCGUCUGCUCGCUAAUCUUCGUGCAGGAGCUCGCCGAGAAGCUGGUGGAGAUCGUGCAGCCGCGCCGCGACCGCCUGGAUGCGUGCCUGUGCUUCCCGUCCAUGCCCGAGGUAAUGAAGCUCAACAAGCUUGGCACCUUCGACUUGACCGCUAUCACCGGCGGGCCACUGGGCGGCUUCGCACAGCAGGUGAAGGAUAUCCGCCAGAAGAGCCUUGAGAAGGGCAAGCCGUCGCCAUCUGGGGGUGCUUUCCAGGACAGUCUCCUGAAGCUUGUGAGGACGCUGCCCAAAGUGUUGAAAUUCCUUCCUGGUGACCAGGCGAAGGAUGCCCGAACGUUCAUCGUGUCCUUGCAGCAUUGGCUCGGCGGCACCAGUGAAAAUCUCGAGGCGAUGCUGUUGCGGAUAUCGGCUGGGUACGUCGAGAGCGUCCGCCCAGGUUUCAUCGACGAGGAGAAGUUGAUGGACCCCGUGGUGAUCCCUGACCAGGGUAUCUGGCACCCGCUAGCACCAGAGAUCUUCCAGACCAUGGGUGAGUACAAGGAGUGGUACAACGGUGUCCACCUUCCUCUCACCGACAUCCCUGGUGACGCGCCCCUGGUGGGCGUCAUCCUCCAGAAAUCACACAUCGCAACCCAAGACGACGGACACUACGUCGCGAUGGUCCAGGAGAUCGAGCGACGCGGCGCACGCAUCGCCUGCGUGUACACCGGCGGCCUGGACUUCUCGCAGCCCGUGAAGGACUACUUGCUGGACCCGAUGACGUUCGAGGGGGCCUGCGACGUGCUCGUGAACCUCACAGGCUUCAGCCUAGUAGGCGGGCCCGCCUCACAGGACGCCAAGAAGGCGAAGGAGGUGCUCAAGCAGGUCAACCGCCCGUACCUCGUCAGCGUGCCUCUGGUGUUCCAGUCCUUCACCGAGUGGCAGAACAGCCAGCUUGGGCUGCACCCUGUCCAGGUUGCGCUGCAGGUGUCGCUCCCGGAGAUCGACGGCGCGAUCGAGCCUCUGAUCUUCUCCGGCCGCGACGGCACCAGUGGGCGCUCGAUCCCCAUGCCCGACCGCAUCGACGCCCUGGCGACGCGCGCCCUGAAUUGGGCCAGGCUCCGCAAGAAGGAGAACAAGGACAAGAAGGUGGCGAUCAAUCUCUUCCAGUUCCCACCCGACAAGGGCAACGUCGGCACCGCGGCGUAUUUGGAUGUGUUCGGAAGUAUAUUCUCCGUGCUGAAAGAGCUUAAACAAAAGGGGUACACUAUCGAUGAGCUCCCCGACGACGUCGAGGGCCUGCAGAAGUCCAUUCUGGAGGACCCUCUGCAGGAGUACUCGAUGGCCGACCUCCACGUCGAAUACAAGAUGAGCUGCGACGAGUACGAGAGCCUCUGCCCGUACAGCAGGGACCUGUACGAGAAUUGGGGCCCACCUCCAGGCACCCUCAACACGGACGGCAAAGACCUGCUCGUGUACGGCAAGCGCUUCGGCAACGUCUUCCUGGGCGUUCAGCCAACAUUCGGCUACGAGGGGGACCCGAUGCGGCUGUUGUUCGCUAAGUCCGCCUCGCCGCACCAUGGCUUCUCGGCGUUCUACACGUACCUGGAGUUCGUCUUCAAGGCGGAUGUGCUGCUCCACUUCGGCACCCACGGCUCACUGGAGUUCAUGCCUGGUAAGCAGGUGGGCAUGUCGGGCUCCUGCUAUCCGGACCGCCUGGUCUCUGUGCUGCCGAACUUAUACUACUACGCUGCGAACAACCCGUCCGAGGCUACCAUUGCGAAGCGCCGAUCGUACGCCACCACCAUCUCCUACCUCACCCCGCCGGCAGACAACGCUGGCCUGUACAAGGGCCUGCAGGAGCUCAGCGAGCUCGUGAAGUCCUAUCAGGGCCUGCGAGAUAACGAGCAGCGCGGCGCUUCCAUCGUUGCCUCCAUCGUGGCCACAGCCCGACAGUGCAACCUCGACAAGGACAUCGUGGACCUGCCCUCCGAGGAGGACGACAUGAAGGCCGUGUCUCUCGAGACGCGCGACCUGAUCGUCGGCAAAGUGUACCGACGCCUGAUGGAGAUCGAAUCCCGCGCGCUGCCCAUGGGGCUGCACCGCAUCGGCGUGCCGCCCACGGCUGAGGAAAGCGUGGCAACCCUUGUUAACAUCGCGCAGCUGGAUCGCCCGGACAGCAGCCCACCCAUCAAGAGCUUGCCACGCAUUCUCGCCGAGUCCGUGGGCAUGGACGUCGAGACGGUCUACCGCAACUCCGACGCUGGUGUCUUCGAGGACGUCACCAGGCUACAGCAGAUCGUCGAGGCAAGCCGGGCAGCGGUCCGGGCGCUGGUCAGCGAGUCAACCAACUCGGAAGGCCGCGUGGAGAAGCCCAACCCUGUGCUGCGCGACGUCUUCAACUUCUUCGGCGGCGGUUCGCCGUGGAAGAAGGCGGCGUCCGAAGCAGGCUUCCCCGAUGCCCGCGAGGAUGACUUGAAGCCGCUCUUCGAGUACUUGCAGGCGUGCUUGGGAGAGGUGGUCUGCAACAACGAGCUGCCCGGCCUCCUCUCCGGCCUCGACGGCAAGUUUAUAGAGCCCGGCCCUGGCGGCGAUCCAAUCAGGAACCCCGACGUGCUGCCCACCGGCAAGAACAUGCAUGCGUUGGACCCCCAGUCGAUCCCCACCAAGGCGGCAGCGGACACGGGCCUGAUCGUGGUAAAUCGUUUGCUCGAGGGUCUCGAGAAGCAGGGCGAGUUUCCCGAGUCCAUCGCCUUCACGCUGUGGGGCACCGACAACAUCAAGACGUACGGCGAGAGUCUCGCGCAGGUUCUGGCGCUGGUCGGUUGCAGGCCGGUGCCGGACAGCCUGGGUCGCGUGAACAAGGUUGAGCUUAUCCCGCUGGAAGAACUGGGCCGCCCUCGCAUUGACGUCGUGUGCAACUGCUCGGGUGUCUUCCGCGACCUUUUCAUAAACCAGAUGAACCUGCUGGACCGCGGCAUCAAGAUGGCGGCCGAGGCCGACGAGCCCAUCGAGCAGAACUUUGUGCGCAAGCACGCGUUAGAGCAGGCAGACGAGCUGGGCAUCUCGCUGCGCCAAGCCGCCACCCGCGUGUUCUCCAACGCGGCUGGCUCAUACUCGGCGAACGUGGGCAUCGCCGUUGAGAAUGGCGGGAACAUCGACGAGUCGCAGCUGCAGGAGCAGUUCCUGACUCGUAAGGGUUUCGCCCUCAGCGCCGAUGCACCCGGGGAGUUGACGGAGUCCACGGAGCUGUUCAAAUCCUCCCUGAAGAAGGUGGACAUCACCUUCCAGAAUCUGGACAGCAGCGAAAUCUCUCUGACGGACGUGGUCGAGAACCUCCGUGAUGAUGGCAAGAAGCCGUCUGCUUUCAUCGCCGACACCACCUCUGCCAACGCACAGGUGCGCUCGCUGUCCGCGCAGGUGCGCCUGGACUCGCGCACGAAGCUUCUGAACCCGAAAUUCUACGAGGCGGCCCUCAAGAGCGGGUACGAAGGCGUGCGAGAGAUUACCAAGCGCCUGCGCUACACGUACGGCUGGAGCACCACAGCGGGCGCUGUGGACAAUUUCGUCUACGAGGAUGCUAACGAUACUUACAUUGCAGACGAGGACAUUCGGAAGCGGAUGAUGGAUAAGAACCCAGAGGCACUCCGCGAGAUGAUCACUACCUUCCUAGAGGCUAACCAGAAGGGUUAUUGGGAGACUAGCGAGGAGAAUCUGGAGCGCCUGCAGCAAGUUUACCAGGAGUGCGAGGACAAGAUUGAAGGCGUUGACUUCACAAUGUCUGCAUAA